AUGGCUCUCAGCAGUCGCGUCACGCGACAGCUGCAACGCGAGCUCCUCCAGCAGACGAGGCAGACUGUUCCACGGAUUGCUCGCCGGACGUUCGUCUCGCAGACACCACGAUGCACGAGACAUGACAGACCUGGCAAGCCGACAGUUCAGCAACAUGCCCGGGCUCUGCACCGCUCGGCACGAUGCUCGCAGCAGAACCAGACGGAGCUGGCGCCCAAUGCGAAGGCCUACCUUGACAGCGGAGCCAUUGCCGGAGCACAGGACCUUGUGGACGUCAAGAAAGUGCUCGUGAUCGGCUCAGGAGGACUGUCAAUCGGACAAGCAGGCGAAUUCGACUACUCAGGAUCACAGGCACUGAAGGCAUUGAAAGAGGCUGGCAUCCAAUCCGUCCUGAUAAACCCCAAUAUCGCUACGAUCCAGACUGCGCACGUGCUCGCGGACGAGGUCUACUACCUCCCAGUCACGCCGGAGUAUGUCACGUACGUGAUAGAGAAAGAGCGGCCGGACGGCAUCUUCUUGUCGUUCGGCGGGCAGACUGCGUUGAACUUGGGGGUCAAGAUGGAUGAGAUGGGGAUCUUCGAUCGGUACAACGUCAAGGUGCUCGGCACGAGUAUCCAGACGCUGAAGACGAGCGAGGAUCGAGAUCUGUUCGCGAAGGCGCUCAAUGAGAUCGACAUACCUAUUGCUGAGAGCAUUGCUGUCUCGACGAUUGAUGAGGCGCUGGAGGCUGCGGACAAUGUCGGGUACCCGAUUAUUGUGCGAGCUGCCUACGCGCUUGGUGGACUUGGAUCUGGCUUCGCGGAGAAUGCUGAGGAGCUCCGGAAUCUGGCUGCUCGCUCCUUGACGCUGUCACCUCAGAUCCUGGUGGAGAAAUCGCUCAAGGGCUGGAAGGAGGCCGAAUAUGAAGUCGUCCGGGAUGCGUCCGACAACUGCAUCACUGUAUGCAACAUGGAGAACUUUGACCCUCUGGGCGUGCACACCGGUGACAGCAUUGUCGUCUCGCCUUCGCAGACCUUCAGCGACGAGGAGUAUCACAUGCUACGGACGGCGUCGAUCAAGAUUGUGCGACAUCUUGGAGUUGUCGGCGAAUGCAACGUGCAAUACGCUCUUCAGCCCGAUGGACUCGACUACCGGGUGAUUGAAGUCAACGCUCGCUUGUCUCGCUCAUCUGCCCUCGCCUCGAAGGCCACCGGAUAUCCUCUCGCAUACACCGCAGCCAAGAUUGGUCUCGGCCACACUCUGCCUGAACUGCCCAACGCCGUCACACGAACGACAACCGCCAACUUCGAGCCCAGCCUGGACUACAUCGUCACCAAGAUCCCUCGCUGGGACCUCUCCAAAUUCCAAAACGUCAACCGCUCCAUCGGCUCGAGCAUGAAAUCCGUCGGCGAAGUCAUGGCCAUCGGCCGCACCUUCGAAGAGAGCUUCCAAAAAGCCAUCCGCCAAGUUGACCCCAAAUUCGCCGGCCUCCAAGGCGAUCACUUCGAAGAAGACCUGGACGACGUCCUCCGCAACCCCACCGACCGCCGCUGGCUCGCGGUCGGCCAAGCCAUGCUCCACGAAGGCUACACCGUCGACCGCGUCCACGAACUCAGCAAGAUUGACAAGUGGUUCCUCUACAAGAUCCAGAAUAUCGUCGACUGCACCCACGAGCUCGAGGACCUCGGCUCCCUGUUCGGCGUGAAGAAGGAACUCAUGCUCAAAGCGAAGAAACUCGGCUUCAGCGACAAGCAGAUCGCCAAAGCGGUCAAUAGCACCGAGGACGAGGUACGUGCGCGCAGGAAGAAUUUCGGCAUCCGCCCGUGGGUGAAGAAGAUCGAUACGCUGGCGGCGGAGUUCCCGGCGGAUACGAACUAUCUUUACACGACGUAUAAUGCCAGCAGUCAUGAUGUGAAGUUUGACGACCAUGGGAUUAUCGUGCUCGGGUCCGGGGUGUAUCGGAUUGGCAGCUCGGUGGAGUUUGACUGGUGUGCGGUGAAUGCUACGUUGAGCUUGAAGGGGUUGGGGAAGAAGACUGCUAUGAUCAACUACUCGACCGACUUCGACGUAGCAGACAGACUCUACUUCGAAGAGCUGAGCUACGAACGAGUGAUGGAUAUCUACGAGCUCGAAUCUGCCAGUGGCGUUGUGGUCUCUGUCGGUGGCCAACUGCCACAGAACAUCGCACUGAAGCUACAGGAGACUGGCAAAGCCAAGGUGCUCGGCACUGAUCCCAAGGACAUUGACAAGGCCGAGGACAGGCACAAGUUCUCGCAGAUCCUGGAUAGCAUCGGUGUCGACCAGCCGGCAUGGAAGGAGCUCACGAGCUACAGCGAAGCCAAGCUGUUCGCGGACGAAGUCAGCUACCCGGUCUUGGUCCGUCCGAGCUACGUGCUCUCCGGCGCCGCCAUGACGGUGAUCCGAUCAGAGGAAGAGCUGGAGGAGAAGCUCACUGCCGCCAGCAGCGUCAGCCCAGACCACCCGGUCGUCAUCACCAAGUUCAUCGAAGGCGCACAGGAGAUCGACGUCGACGCUGUGGCUUCGCAUGGCAAGCUGCUCGUCCACGCCGUGAGCGAACACAUUGAGAACGCGGGUGUCCACUCAGGCGAUGCAUCGCUCGUCCUACCUCCUCACAAACUGCCACAAAACGUGGUUGACCGCGUCAAGGUCAUCGCAGAGAAAGUCGCUAAAGCCUGGAGCAUCACCGGCCCCUUCAACAUGCAGAUCAUCAAUGCCACCAAUCCCGAAGGCGGCGACAGUCUCCUCAAAGUCAUCGAGUGCAACCUCCGCGCCUCCCGCUCCUUCCCCUUCUCGAGCAAAGUGCUGGGAACCAACUUCAUCGACGUCGCCACCCGUGCGCUGCUCGACAAGGAUGUGCCUGAGCCCGUCGACCUGAUGACCGAGAAGCGCGACUUCCUCGCCGUCAAGGUGCCCCAGUUCUCCUGGACCCGUCUAGCAGGCGCUGACCCCUACCUCGGCGUCGAGAUGUCGAGCACCGGCGAAAUGGCGUGUUUCGGCAAAGACAUCGUUGAAGCCUACUGGACCGCUAUGCAGAGCACCAUGAACUUCCGCCUGCCACUACCCGGUGAAGGAUUGCUCUUCGGCGGCGACACCUCAACAGCGGAUCUAGGCGCUAUCGUCGACUACCUCAACCCGCUAGGCUAUAAGCUCUUCGCUGCUAACCAGGAGGUGAAGCAGCACCUGGAGCAGACGUCCAAAGACGGCAUUGUGUCGGUCGAGGUGAUUGAGUUCCCGAAGGACGACAAGAGGGCGCUACGAGAGGUUUUCGAGAAGUACGAUGUCAGGGGUGUGUUCAAUCUGGCGAAGCGGAGGGCGAGUAGUUUGGUGGAUGAGGAUUAUGUGAUGAGGAGGAAUGCGGUGGAUUUUGGGGUGCCGUUGUUUAUGGAGCCGAGGACUGCUGUGCUCUUCGCACAAUGCAUGAGCGAGAAGCUGCCGAAGAAGGAGGGUGUGCCGUCGGAGGUGAGGAGGUGGAGUGACUUUAUUGGCGGGAAGCCAUUGUAG